UCACGCGUCGUCGGGUAGUUCCGCCGUGGCAUCGGCCAAUGGUCGUGCAGCCGACCCCCACCAUCAAUACCACAACCUCGCCACGACAGUCUGGCCGAAGCCAAGCGAGAGUGGAGCCACUCGCACAACAAUUCGUCUACGAAGUAGACUCCGUAUUCCAAAAGAAAAAAAAAAGCGGAAAAGAGAUAAAAACGUGAUUUUUCCUCGAAAAAAAAAAAUCGCCUGAAAAUAGCAGCCGAUGUGGCGUGUGAAGUGUUUUUAAAAAAUGUAACAUGGCGAUGGUUGCGUCAAAUAUGAGUGGCCACAUACAGAAACAGCUCACCAGGAGUCUGGAGAGAAUCCUGGAGGAGGCACACCUCAGCGGUGAGCUGAAACUAAGCGGUCGUAAACUCAAGGAUUUUCCAAAAGUCGGAAAAACCGGUGGUGCAAAAUACAAUCUCUCCGAUACAAUAAUAGCAGACCUAUCGAAAAACCGCUUUGGUGAGCUACCUGAGGAGGUCACGGAGUUUCCAUUUCUGGAGAAACUUCAUCUCUAUCACAAUGCAAUACGGGUCAUACCGGAGACUGUUGUUAUGCUCCAGUCAUUGAGCUACCUCGAUCUCAGUCGAAAUCAGUUGACAUCACUGCCACGUGAGGUAUGCAGAUUACCUCUACAAACACUUCUGGUCGCUCACAACCGUUUGGUGUCACUGCCAGAAGAGCUCGGAAGAAUGACAGCACUUGCUGAAUUGGAUGCUGGUUGCAAUGAGAUUGCUAGUCUACCACCCAGAAUCGGGGAUUUACCGAGACUCAGGUGGCUAGAUCUUAGAAAUAAUAUGCUGGUACAUCUGCCUAUUGAAUUGACGUACCUAAGACUCGUGAAACUGGAUAUAAGUGGUAAUCGUAUAUCAGUCCUGCCAAAUGAAUUAAGAAAGAUGAAGAGCCUUGUGGACCUACGACUCGCCGAUAAUCCGCUCACCUCGCCACCUGCCUCGCUGUGCAUUCGCGGGCGAACACACAUAUUCAAAUAUUUAGAGAGACAGGCAGCGAAACACGAGAGAGCAAGAUCGGGAAGAAUAAGAAGAAGUCCACUGGAAGCUAGAGGACAUGCCACCCUAGACACACGAUCCCACAGGCGUCACAACGUCGACAGUGGUUACAGUACCAGUGACGGAGUUGAUAAACGCUGGUCUCAAGAAAUUCACACUGGGGUGAAUGAAACGGAAACGAGAAGUGGAUGGCGACAAGAGUGCUCACCACUCUCAAUUACAUUGCCUCAUGACGUCGGUGUCAACGGAUCAUUCAGUGGAACCUCCACACCCAGCACUAUAUCCCCAGGGGAACGAACCUCCCUCGAGGAUGAAUUGGGAAAAGCAAUGAUACUUCACGACCAACUGCAGAAGAGACGAUUAGAGCGCAGCGCCUCAGAAAAUGGGACUGAUAAGAGACCAAUGGCUCCGGCGCUUCACAACAACUCUAUCACACCACCAGGAAAUUUGGAGUCUAGUGGACUUUUGAAUCAAUCUCCGUCACUCCAGUCGAGUCACAAUGUGACAGCUUCUCCAAUAAUGAAUGGAGAGGAGAAGAGACCCUUGAAUCACACACAAACGUACAGAGAGUACAAGGAGGCACUGAGACAACAACGGGCGAACGAGGGAUCGAGUGUCUACAGACCGAAGGAGCAAAUAACACCACCAGGCAACGAGUCGCAGGGCAACGAACCAGAUAUAAACACAAAUGAUGGAAUACUGGCAAAUAAACAGAUAUUCAAUGAUGAGAAUGGCACCAAGAGGCCUGUACAAAAAGUCACACCUUCUCGCAUUCAGAAUUACAAUAAUUCACCGAUUAUCAAUGGAAGUAAUCUUGAGUACAAUGGGAAGAGUGGAAAGUAUAUGGAGCAACCGUACAAGAAACCUAGUUCACCGGUGAAGGGCUCGAGUGGAAUUUUAUCUACCAAUUCCAGUCCUGCACAUGCUACGAGACUCGUUAAAACUGCUGUUGGGUACGUCGAGGACAGCAGUAAGAGCCCCAACAAGAAUAAUCUCAGUCCAAAAUCACCGAGGACUGUCACUUGGAACAGCAAUAUGCCGGAGAAGUAUUCAUUUACGAUGAGGAGGGAGUUUGAAAGAGCCAAAGAGGAGGCUGAUUUGAUCGAGCAAUUGAGAAGUAAUAUUGAAACGAGAUUGAAGAUGGCAUUGCCUGAAGACUUGGCGCCAGCCCUGACCGAUGGUGUUGUCCUCUGUCAUCUUGCCAAUCACGUGAGGCCCCGAUCAGUCGGAAGUAUUCACGUUCCAUCACCUGCAGUUCCAAAACUAACAAUGGCAAGAUGCAGACGAAACGUCGACAAUUUCCUCGAGGCCUGUCGAAAAAUCGGAGUGGACGAGGAGGUGUUAAUGGAUGCGGAUGCAAUCAUGGACAUGGGUUACAUGAACGCGUGUGGGCUCCAGGCUCUGUCGUGUCUCGUGUCAACUCUUCUUCCAUUGCGACGCGAUGAAGAGACUAAUGAAGAGCCAGUCGCAGGUUCACAACGUACAAUACAGGAGCGGGUCCUAACCGCGAUGCUUUUAGCCCUAUUUUUAUCAACCCUGUCUCUCCUCUAUAUCUUCCCAAUGCCUGAUUAGAAAAUCCCAGGCAAUCAAUACGAAUCAUUAAUCAGGGCCACGUUAAUUCAUCACAACUUAAUCACCACAAACACUAAAUGAUUCUGACAGAAUUCAUGUGGACACUUUUGAGGCAAUUUUUUUUAUUCCGGCGAGAAAGAUACUAUAUAUUUCGUUGGAUUAAUGCGGCUUGUCAUUUAGUUGAUGCACUUAUGCACCAUUUGGCUUACGAUGGCCUACGAAAGUGUCUCAUACGCAAUAACUAUCGAAUUUUUUAAAUGAAAAAAAAAGGUGCUUAACAACAAGGCUGUUACUUUUUAGGUUGUUCAUUAUCAUCGGAAAGCUAAUUGUAUUCGAAUUAUUAUGCAUUUAUCUAGUGCUGCAACAGCGGUUGUGCAUUUAUUUGGUAACUUUUUAACGAUUGAUCAGGCAUUUGAUAGACGUAGGAUAAUUAGCGAGAUUUUUCCAUUCGAAUAUUGUAGGUAUUUACCAGUGAUUAUCAUGAUUAAUAGUGUAUCCAAUCUUUUUAUACGAUCUAAUCAAAAUCAACAGGUUAAUCACACGAAGGGAGUAAUUGCAUUGCAUUUAUUAAUGCAGAUUAAAAUGAAAGGAAUUCGUCGAUAAAUUUCGUAAGGGGCAUAUCACCCAUAUAUUUGACAAGCAGAUGUCUUCAAAUUAUAUAUUUUUCGCUAAUUAAUAAUUGUAAUCAAAACGGCAGGUACGACUGUAGAGAAUGAAAAUUAUUUCAAGAAUUUUCAUUUAUUUCGUUGACAAUAAUUCUCGUUGCAGUGCAUCGGGCGUUAAAUCAAGCAAAUCGUGAGUGACUCAUAGUCGCAGCUGUGUUUAGUCUCUCAAGACAAUUUUUCAUUAAUUUUUUUUAUCUGGGUUAAUUGAAUAAGCAGCGAUAAUAUCGCGGUAUGAUUAUUGGAUAUUUAUUUCAUACGAAAGCUUCUAAAUGAUAAAGGUAUAUGCAUGGAGCUGAAGUGGAGUUUGAGAGUCUCUCGUAUAUUUAAUUAUACUUCUCCGUGAAGCUUUAGUUAUUCUCGGUUUAAUUAAACACGUAUUUAUGAUUUCGAAGCAUGCGAUCUUUUUCAACAGAAAGUUAUUUAUGCAUUUCACGAUUUUUUUUUGACUUCUUUUACGUCACGUAUUUAUGCAAUUCCAGUCUCUAGUCUCUAAUUUAUUCUUCUAGUCAGUUUUUCAACAAAAUUAUGCAAUAUCCGAACAAUUUACCACGAAUUUUCAAUUAUUCGUUGAAUCACUAAUCCCAUGAAGUGGAAAAUGUACUUAAAUUGUUCUUAAGAACAUUACGACAGUAUUACAAUUGGCAGAUUUUGUGUCAAACACUGCAAGCUGAUCUGAAAGACUGCUUUUGUUUUCUUUCGUUUCUCAACGAAUCCCACAAAUUAAUUCAAUAAGCUAUUUCGUACUUAAUGAGGAAAAAUCAUUCCUUGGUUGACUUGAGUGAUAAUUACGAUUCAUUACGCAAUAUUAGAACGUACUCCAUGGAGUUUGCGUUUCUAUGUGUGUUGAGAUUAUCACCAGGUUUUACCCUGUUAGAUUUAAUUAAUUUUUUCCAUGUAUAUUUAUUUUUUUUCCCAAAGUUUUGUUAUAUUUAUAUGGAAAUGACGUGACUGUUGCUACGUUAUUCAAUCUAUUUCUUUUUGAGGGCUCAUCAUCACAUUGUAACGUUCAUUGUAUUGGGUAUAUCAAUUAUUGUAAUAUCGUCUUUGGUAAUAAAAUAUUCUUCGAUAAAAAC